AACGGUUCUGAUGCACACCAUGAAGCACACGAUCGAGGACCUGGAGCCUGCCACCGACUACCACGCCAAUGUGCAGAUCAAGAACCAGUUCAUGUGGGGCGAGAACCAGCAGUUCACUUUCUCCACUAGAAAAGUCUCACCCACCACCACCACUACUCCUACCUUCACCACAACCCCCACCACCACCACUUUCCCCACCACCACCUUUGUUGAGGAUAAAGUGGGUCCGACCAGUGGUUCCGUGCAAGAAGUAGCAGGCCAGCAGUCCACGCUCAGCGGAAGUGGCUCUGCUGGGCUCAACGCCCUGCUUCUGCUGCUGACCGUGUUCCUGCUUAGGACAUAAGCGGCUGGCAGUGAUUAGUUCCUUCUGUAGCAGAUAGAUUUGGAUGCGUCCGAGCAGCGCCCACUCGUGUUUUUAGAUCAAGCUUCAACACUCAUCCUUGGAGAAGAUCCUCCGCGUUGCAAUUAUUUCUUCAUUUUUUGCAACCGCUUUUCACGAGUUUACCAUUAAAAAAAGUAAAUCCAGUUUUCUUUGAAGGUUUUUACGUCUGGUCAGCAGUCUUUAUGGAUUUAAAAUUUAGAAGUUGAGUAAAAAAAAAACACACAAACUGACUAAAAAAUGAUAAGUAUGUUGGACUGGAAUCAUGAUAUAUAUAGACCCUUUUUCGAAUCCAUUGCUAGAGAAUUUCCCCUUUUUAAAUUCCUGUAUUCAUUGAUGGUCUUCAAAUGAUGUGGUGUUGUAUUAGUGAGCCUUAAUGGAUGUGAAUAAUGUAAGAAAAAAAUAUGAAUAUUAACAUUUUAUAAUCAAACUUUUAAUAUCUUGUCAUUAUUAUAACCGGUGGUGAGGAUUUAGGGAAAAAUAUGUUACGAUUAGAAACACAUAUUCCCAAAUUAAGAACAAACACAGAUUAUACAGAGAUUUUUUUCUAGGAAAUUUACUUUCAAAAUUUAUAUAUCUCGAACUUACGAUAAAGGAAUAGAUAGGUCUUAUGGCGAAGUGAGUGUAACACCAUCGUUCUAUACGUCUGCAAGACAUACAGAAAAAUGGCGUUGAAUGGUACAUAUCUCUCAAAGGAAGGUUCCCUUAGAGGGAGGCGCACCUUCUAUAGUCACGCAGAACGGAGCCAUCUCACUGUUUUCGGCUUCCGGGUGGCCUCCCCUUAAGGGAAAGCGAAAAAAGGAAGAGAAAGACUGAAAUAAUAAUGAUAAUAAUAGGAAAAUCCCGAGUCGUGCUUGACGACCUUCGAUAUUGCAGGAAUGUGGCGCUCGCCAGGCACGACUCCCUGUCCCCUUUUCUCACCCCUCUUCUGCCCUUCUCCCCUCUUUUCUUCUUCUCUUCUUUUCCCGUUCUUCCGCGUCAGUAGGACUUUUUACCAUCAUUCGAAAGUCCUUGAAAGACGUCGGCAGAGGCGUUCUGAAAUGAAAAUGUUCUUCAAGAGAAAGAGACGCUGGAGGGAGCUGGCCGAGAGGGGCUGUUGACCUUCGUGUCGCAGCUCGCUUGAGUGUCUGCUGGAAAAUUCGAAAAAAAUCCUCUUAAAGAGUCUGAAAAAAAAACUUUUUGCCUUUUUGUUCUUAUAUUUCUCAGUGAUUCUGUCUCUUUACCUUUUCUCAUAUAGGUCUCUGUAAUAGGCUCUCCCCCUUUUCUUUGUCCCAGUAUAUGAAGUAGCCACAGUGUGGUAACCUCUGAGCACUAGGCGCGAUGGCCUUAGUGAGUGACCCUGACCUCGCCUACACUGCAGCGUCUUCUAGUGCUUGUUUUAUCCUGACAUCACUACCCAAAUUUAAGCACAAACCUUAAUAGGAUAUUCUCAAUGACAGCAUUAACUUUGCUGAAUGAAAAUCCUAAGGAUUAAAAAUGACAGACGUCGGAUUUCGAACAGCUGGCACGCCGCUGUCGUUGUCAUGAUGUCAUUAUGCAGUGAUGUUGGCAUUUGACGGCCCAGACGAGAGACACUGCAGGUCACGGCCUGGUUCAGACGUCGAUGCGACAGGGCAUGUGUCAGAGUGCAGGAUUAUCAGACGGGAUACGAAAGUUAUCCUUGUAUAUAUGGACAGAGAAUACACCCCCACCCCCCUCCGAACACUCUUUUAUAUGGAAAGUAAAAGCUAUCCUCCCAAUAUCGAUGAAGUCACUCACUUACUGUAAGUAUAUACAUAUAUAUAUAUAUGGUUAGAUAACUCAUCUCAAUCGGGUUACAUUGGCGAAAGAAUUCUUCCAACAUUAACAAAGGCAUGCGUCGGCCCGUGAUGUUCUAGCGGAGGCAACAAUAACAGCUGACAGUGGGGUCAAUGCGCCACAAAACCUUCAGCUUAUGACCUCGAAACCCCCUGUAAGAAGGAGGUCACGUGAUCACCAAGCUGCAGGAGGAGAUAGUAGGCAUUUCCACCUUUACCGCAAUGCCUGUCUCAAAAAAGAGAGACAACCUUCCCCAUGCCUUUCGUGCAGGAAUACAACGUGGCUUCUACACCGAGCACGUCCGUAGCUACAACUCAGGUCAUCUGGAUCCCUUGCGCGGAGGCUCACCAUUAACCUCCCUCGAACACUUAGCUAAAAUAUAGUAAACGAGACGUGUGUAGACCUCAGUACAUUACAGCUGUGACAGGAUAAUGUAAAAGUCAGCAUAGAAAUAACAACUGUCAUUGAUUCUUACCCAUGUAGCAUACGUACACAGCCUCGCCUUCUCCUGGUGUGUAUGGAAAAACCGAUCUUUUAAUUCCUUGCGAGUCUUUUUCCGCCUUUGCUGGUUUCUAUUUCUUGGUGGUGUGUUAUGUCAUCACUCCCCCGCUCGAUGUAAACAGAUGAUUGGUCUUGAAUGAAAUUUACCCAAUAGCAUAAUAACGAGUAAUGAUAAUGAUGAGGAAUUCUUUGGCCUUUUUUCUGUUUAUCAAAAAAAGUGAUGACAUGUUGUGAUUUGUAUGUUUUGCUAAAAAAAAUAAUGAGUAAUAUGUACACUACGAAAAUAUUUGCUUUUGGAUUUUAUUUUCUUCUCUUUUUUAUUUUUCUUUAUUUUCUGAGGAAUAAAAGUAAACAAUUUCUUGAAAUUAGGUUAAAUCACAAUUAUAAUUUGAACAUAGUGUAAUAACGAGACUUUGUAAGUAAAGUGAAGAACUUGCUAUAUAUAGUACUUUAAGGAGAAAGAAUGUAAUACAAGAAUAAGGAAGAAAAUUUUGAUUGUCUUAAUGGACGCUAUCUGAACAUUCCAAACACAAACGGUGUCGACGCCAUAUUGGUGGAGAUGCUGUCAAAAUUUUCAGUCAAAUUCAAAAUGCAUCGCUGCUAACAGUAUGCAUGUAUCAACUAACGCUGUCAACAAAAAACAAAAAACAAAAAAACAGAGAUUAAACUUUGUCAACCAAAUUUGAGCAGAGUUUGUGUUCAGCUUGAAAGGGUUAGUCUUCACCUUGCCUUUGACAAAAAUAAAGUGUUAAAACUGUCUCCUUCUGAGUCACAGUGGCUUCUCUGAAGUCGCAACAAUUUAAUAAUAUUAUGCUUAGCUAGACACUAAAAUCAUCUUAAUAUGUAGGUGAGUGGCUGUUCUGCACACUGGUUAAGGAUGUAAGUCUUUGCUUGAACAGAAGUCGCAUGGAGAUGAAGAAUUUAAAUUAGAAACUCCAAUUGCUAUUUAAUUGGAGUACUUACUGCACUCCGUGACCUUUGUGCCGCACAGCCACAGCUGGUGUAAAUAAUAGAAAGUGAGGGGAAGUUGGACCAGCUCCCGACCUCAUUGGGGCGGUCACGGCAGGAUACCAGCUGCAGGAAGAUACUUGAGGCACCAUCUGUGGGAAGAGGCUUGCAGUCGAGUGAAAGCAACUUCCACCUUUUGGCGUCAACUGUUGUUCUCUGGUUGUGGAUCUGUGCGAAAAAAAUAGGUUGGCGGGAGGAUGUUUGAUCCCCGCGCAAGGUCACACAGCCAGAUAGCAUGCGAUGUACCAACUGCGUAAUACACAGAGGUGCUAUUACAGCUAGAGUAGUUGUUGAUAGUACGACCAGGUUGUCGGAGUGUUGCUCUACAUCAGAUCAUCAUAGUUGAUUAAAUCAGCUGGUUUAGCCUAGGAUUAUACUUGUCUCACGCAGUUGGUCCAUCCGGGUGACAUCUGUGAAAGGUCGCUGCAAUAACACCCUAUGCAGCCAGAUGGUGUAACUUGACACCAGAGCACACAACACCGAGCCUCAGCAGGUUCUAUGAGUCGCGUUCCAGCCUCCCCUCGAGAAUUGAUUUGUGAAGAUUGUAGUCUCAUUCUCGUGAAAUUUUUAUUUAUUAAUUUGUGAGUUCUUUGUACAUUGUGGAAAUUGUAACUUUUGAAAUUAAAGUGGACCCAUGUCCAUGGCUGUCUUUGA